UUCAUUCAUCGCAUUCCCGCUCUGUUCCAUUCUCGUUCUCGCUCGCUCCCGCCCCGCAUAAACAAUCGAGCUGUCCUCAGAGCGUGACGUGAACCUAGUGACUUUGAAAUAAAUAUUAUUGUUAGGAGUCGUCGACCUGCAACAUUGUACUAUUAAAUUAUAUCAAAAUGAGGAGCAUCGCAGUGCUGGCGUGCCUGGUGGCGGCGGUCUCGGCCGUCUCCUUCUUCGACCUGGUCAAGGAGGAGUGGAACACCUUCAAGUUGGAGCACAAUAAGAAUUACGAGAGCGAACUGGAAGACAAGUUCCGAAUGAAGAUAUUCGCGGACAACAAACACCGCAUCGCCCGCCACAACCAGAGAUACGAGCAGGGCCUCGUCAGCUUCAAGCUGAAGCCGAACAAGUACGCGGACAUGUUGCACCACGAGUUCGUCAAGACCAUGAACGGGUUCAACAGGACUGUCAAACACACCAAAGGUCUGCUAUACAGCAAGGGUGGCAGUGUGAAGGGUGCCACCUUCCUGCCCCCGGCCAACGUGAAGCUGCCGGACCAGGUGGACUGGAGGAAGAAGGGCGCCGUCACCGAGGUCAAGGAUCAGGGGAAAUGCGGCUCAUGCUGGUCUUUCAGCACGACUGGAGCCCUCGAGGCGCAGCACUUCCGCCGCAGCGGCUACCUGGUCUCCCUGUCGGAGCAGAACCUGAUCGACUGCUCCCAAGCGUACGGGAACAACGGCUGCAACGGCGGACUGAUGGACAACGCCUUCAAAUACAUCAAGGACAAUGGCGGCAUCGACACGGAGCAGACCUACCCGUAUGAAGCUGUCGAUGACAAGUGCAGGUACAACCCUAAGAACUCUGGUGCCGAAGACGUUGGCUUCGUGGACGUUCCCCAGGGAGACGAGGAGAAGCUGAUGGCGGCCGUGGCCACCGUGGGCCCCGUGUCUGUGGCAAUCGACGCUUCCCAUGAGAGCUUCCAGCUUUAUUCCUCAGGAGUUUACUAUGAUGAGGACUGCACAUCGGACAAUUUGGACCAUGGGGUACUAGUCGUAGGCUACGGCACCGACGAGGAAGGUGGGGACUACUGGCUGGUGAAGAACUCUUGGGGCCGCUCGUGGGGGGAGCUGGGCUACAUCAAGAUGGCGCGCAACCGCAACAACCACUGCGGAAUCGCCUCCGCCGCCUCAUACCCACUCGUUUAAUGUAAACUCCUCGCAUAUUUUCUACUUUAAUACUUCCGUGUAUAAAGAUUUUAAUUUUGCAAUUGUAUUAAUGAUUUUAGUUUCAGACCGCCAUUUUAUAUUGUAAAUCUUUUAAAAUAGUUUUUAUCUGCAUUUUUGUAUUGUCAUUUAAUUAUUAGUUGCGUUUAAGGCUGCUUUGAAAUUGGGUUUAUAAGUUCGAUAUCUGAAUUUCGUAUGUACUUUUGCAUUCGACUUUGUGAGUCACCAAUUUCAAGAAUAGCCCCCGAAAUUGCAUUGUUUAUUGAAAAUUGGACUAAGUCAGCUUUUAUGUUAUUUUCCAAACAUGUAAUAUUGUGAUAUUCUUAUCGUUAGCAUCUUAUGAUAACCUUUACCUACUUUAAUCAAGUGUUAACACCAACACUCAUUCCAUAGAGAAAUUAGUGGCUUGGCUGCCAAUUCAAAAUGCGGUUAUGUAAUGAAAUGUAUGUAGCUAAAUUUUAUAUAAUAUCUUCAUUCCACGUGCUGGCCAUUUUAGGAUAAGUUCAAGUGUAAAAUACUGAUUAUAUUUUAAAAUCAAGUGUGAUAUAGAUGCUUAUUUAGUUGUAAGUCGUUAAGUGAAUAAAUGAGUAAUAUUUUGUAAA